AAACUUCCCUGUCUAUAUCAAACUUUACCGAUUAAUAUCGGCCGCUCUAUAUCCUCCCACUGUCUCUACUCUUUCACUAAAAUAGCAAAUAAAUCUCGUCGAUUGCAUCGUUUUUCAAAUCUGAUCUCAAUCACAAAUGGCGAAAGAUCCAAUCCGUGUUCUCGUCACCGGCGCCGCAGGACAAAUCGGAUAUGCUCUUGUUCCCAUGAUUGCCAGGGGAGUGAUGUUGGGCGUUGACCAACCUGUCAUCCUCCACAUGCUAGAUAUUCCACCUGCUGCGGAGGCACUUAAUGGAGUGAAAAUGGAAUUGGUUGAUGCUGCAUUCCCUCUUCUCAAAGGUGUAGUUGCAACAACCGAUGUUGUUGAAGCAUGCACUGGAGUCAACAUUGCAGUGAUGGUUGGUGGUUUCCCCAGGAAAGAAGGCAUGGAGAGAAAAGAUGUAAUGUCAAAGAAUGUCUCCAUCUACAAGUCACAGGCGUCAGCACUUGAGAAGCAUGCUGCUGCCAACUGCAAGGUUUUGGUUGUUGCUAACCCUGCCAACACCAAUGCAUUGAUACUAAAGGAAUUUGCACCAUCUAUCCCAGAGAAGAAUAUUACUUGUCUGACUAGAUUGGAUCACAACAGGGCUCUUGGACAAAUUUCAGAGAGAUUGAGUGUUCAAGUCUCAGAUGUUAAAAAUGUCAUUAUUUGGGGAAAUCACUCUUCAACUCAGUAUCCUGAUGUCAAUCAUGCCACAGUCAAUACUCCGGGUGGAGAGAAACCAGUCCGCAAACUUGUUGCUGAUGAUGAAUGGUUGAAUGGUGAGUUCAUUACUAUUGUCCAGCAACGUGGUGCUGCAAUCAUCAAAGCUAGAAAGCUUUCGAGUGCACUUUCUGCUGCUAGUUCUGCUUGUGACCAUAUUCGUGAUUGGUUCCUUGGAACUCCAGAGGGUACUUGGGUUUCCAUGGGUGUUUAUUCUGAUGGCUCAUACAAUGUCCCAGCUGGUCUAAUUUAUUCCUUCCCAGUUACUUGCAAGAAUGGAGAAUGGUCUAUUGUGCAAGGACUCUCAAUUGAUGAGUAUUCUAGGAACAAGUUGGACUUGACUGCUAAAGAGCUCAGUGAGGAGAAAGAUCUGGCAUACUCGUGUCUCACAUAAAUUUCCCGUCUCGUGGUAAAAAAGGACUUAUUCCAUUUAUGGCGAUUAAAGUAGCUACUGUUUUGAAUAAUUCCAUUGUCGAUCUUGUUGAUUGAUAAACAAUGGAUAUGCUGCUUUUAUAGAUCUCGCUAUGUACCUGUGAUUUGUUUGAGGAUUUUUAAGAUUUAACGCACUUUCUAGUCAUGCCCAAUUUAUCUGCCUGGAUGGUAUAAAUGUAUGACUGUAAUGGAGCAAUUUCCCAGUCGUCUUCCCACUUUGUCAAACUAAUUGAUUUUGAACCAACAAUUUC